CGUAAUCACUGGUUGUUUGUGUCGACACUUGUCGUCAAAUAAACGACAAUCGGAUUGUGUUUUGUCUUUAAAUUGCGGAUCAAAUCAAAGACAUAUUGAGUGACAAAUUGCGGACACAAUGACUGAUUACCUCGAGUACAGCGACGCCUCCAAAGAGGAGAGGGGGUGUAUGGUCUUCGGGCGACUGAAGCUCACCAACAGUCAAGUGAUCUUCAAGUCGUCGAAGACGGGAAAAGUGGAGACAAUGUCCGGCUCUGACAUCGACUCCAUCCUCUGGCACCGGAUGGCCGGCGACUACGCUCUGCGAGUGAUGAGCAGAUCCGGACAGAUGUCGCGAUUCGCGGGCUUUAAUGACUCGGAUUUCGACAAAUUGGAGAAAUUCUUCGCCCGGAACUACUCCCUGGAGCUGAAGUCUCGAGACAACUGCCUCCGCGGCUGGAACUGGGGAACGGCUGCCUUCGACGGCGCGGUCCUCGGCUUCGACGUGAAGAAGUCCGAGCGAGCCUUCGAAGUACCGCUGCUUAACGUGAGUCACUGCACGACCGCCAAGAAUGAGGUGACCCUCGAGUUCCACCACAACGACGACGCGCCCAACAGUCUCAUGGAAAUG